AAGCCCUAAGACCCAGAAGGGCCUGGGUUGGUGGAGAGAGAGAAGAUGGAGCUGCUGGCAGAGGGCCUGAGGUCUCAUAGCAGUGGAUGCCCAGAAGCCUGUCCCAGCGAAGGCUGGUGGAAGGUCAUCACCAGAGACUGGUCACCUGAUGGACACUGUAGCCCCUCCUCCAUGGCCAGCUGCCACCUGAGGCAUCCUGGGACAGACCAGGGCUGACCAUCAUUCAGAACGCAGAUGGAGUGCUGGGCCCUAAGCCAAGGAGGUGGGGGCCCCCCACGAGUGUAUGCUGGUUGGUGCCUGGAACCUGCACCCACGAAGACCCCGCCUGGCCUGGUGCUCUGCUGAUCUGAGAUGGAAAACUUCCAGUACAGCAUUCAGCUGAGUGACCAGGAUUGGGCUGAGUUUUCAGCCACAGCUGAGGAGUGUGGCCUCCUCCAGGCCAGCUUGGCAUCUGGGGAUGAACUCUUGUCCAGUGACAUUGACCAAGGGGACAGGAGUGGCAGCAGUCCCCUUGGGCCUCCACCCCUUCUCGAAGGACAGCCGGGCUCUCAGGGGAGGGGCUGGCCCAGCUUCAAGAAGGAGGACAAGGCAGCCACCCGGCCACUGGUCAGCAGGUCUUGGCAUGAACCUGGCUUGGCCCUGGGGGCCGAUCAGCAGAUGCCCAGCACGUCCACACUGUCAGAAGCUUUGCUGUCCCUCGGAUCUGACGCCGCCCCUCCAGGCCAGAGCUCGUCCCUUCUAGGGCCAGUGUCUUCCAGAGACAAGAUGCAGAAGCUUCUGCAGGGGCCGGCCUCCCAGGGCCUUGCCCCUAGUCCCUCUGGCGAGCCUCCUCAGAGCUCUGAGUCUCCCGGCUGCAGCACUGCUCCCCAGAGGCCCCCGGGUAGCCCAGGAGCCCUACCAUGCAGCCCGAGCCGAAAGAAGAGGCGCUCUGCUGGAGCCAAGGGAGGCAGGUGCUUGAGCACCCCAGACUCUGCUCGCACCCAGCUGGGUUCCCUGCUGCUUGCUGAUGUCAAGCCCAAGGAGGAUCUUGGCCUGGCUGGGUCCAGGCGGAAGGGUCUCUCGGCUGAGACAGCAGAGCAGACAGCAGGAACCGGGCAGGAUGAACUGGGUCCAGACUCUGCAGGAGCCCCUGCACAGGUGACCAGGCAAGGAACAGAUCUGGAUCUGUCUACACCUGUCCCUACGACCGAACAAGGUACAGACCUACUCAGAAUGACCUCUACAGCUAAGCUACAUACCAUGUCCACACCUCCCCAGGAGACUCAUGCAGAUAUCUCAAUGGCUAAGUCAGAUGUGGCUCUGUCUACACAUGCCUCCAAGCUUCAACCUGACAUGCCUCUGUCUACACCUAUCUCCAAAUCUAGACUGGACAUGGAUCUGCCUAUGCUAGGCCCAGUGGUUAAGCUGGAGGUGGAUUCAUCUACACUUGCUUCGCCUCACCUUGUUUCUAAGGCCCAGCCUGAUGUGGGUGUGUCUACACCCACUCCCAUUCCCCAGGCUGGGCCAGAUGAGGUGAAGGUGGAGGUUGCCCCAGUGGCCAAGUUGUGUUUGAGCCCUGUUGUGUCUCCAGGAGGACCCCAAGAGAAGCCCAGAGAGGAGGAGGCUUCAGCAGGUACCCCUGGACAUCACUCAGGGGAGCCCCCACUAGGCCCUGUCCAAGCACCCAAGAAGAAGAAAGUGCGAUUUUCCAUGGCUGUGCCCAGUCCUGAGGAGCCAGGUUCAGGGGACACCUCACCACCUUCACCAGCCACAGCCCAGCCCUCAUCCCCCAGGACCACAGUGGGGGCCCGAGGGGGGCCUGGAGCCUGGGACGCCAUGGCUGUGGGGCCCCGGUCUCCGCAGCCUCGGAUCCUCAAACACCUGCCUCCGCCUUCGCCCUCUGCUUCAGUGGGGCCCAGGCCCAGGAGCAGCUUUGCAGUGACCCUCCCGGAAGCCUAUGAGUUCUUGUUCUGUGACACUAUUGAGGAGGAGGAUGAACAGGCUGAGGAGGAGGCAGAAGCUGGCCAGGCCUUGGCUGAAGUACAGUGGCCAGACACGUGUGAGUUCUUCUUCCAGGACUGCCGAGCCCAGAGGUCCGGGCCCCGGGGGAGCCACUCUGUGGCCCAGCCCCCACCAGCGGAGCCUGUGCCUGCCCCUCCCCCUGGAGACCCUGUGCCCAUCUCCAUCCCCGAGGCCUAUGAACACUUCCUUGGAGAGGACUCUUCAGGGGGCCUGCUGGAGCUGGCUGCCUUUCUCCAGCGGCCGGCCACCGAGCAUGCCAGCUUGGUCCCCUGGGGAGUGGGGCCUGGCACCCUACCAGAGCCCAGCCCAGCCACAGCAGAGCAGCUCAGUCUGGCAGUCAAGCAAGCAGGGGAACCCCGAGAUCUUCUCACCUCAUUCACCUUCAGCCAGAAUGACAUGUGCUUGGUGUUUGUAGCCUUUGCUACCUGGGCUGUGAGAACAUCAGAUCUCCACACCCCAGAUGCCUGGAAAACAGUCUUGUUGGCCAACAUCGGUACCAUCUCUGCUAUCCACUACUUCCGCCGGCAGGUGGGGCAGGUUCGCCGCAGCCGCAGCCGCAGCCGCAGCCACAGCCGCAGCCCCAGCCCCAGCCCCAGCUCUUAGAACAUAGUAGGCUCCAUUCAGGAAAACACAAGACAAAGAAAUGGCCACAGGUGCUGAGGACGAGAUGCUGCCCUCAGGUCUUGCCCUUUGCCCCCUGUGUUCUAUGGCAUCUAGGAAGGAGCCAGUGUCCUUGGUCCUGCUCCCUUGGAUUCCACCCAAAGUUCUAGCCAGAGGC